UUUUAUUUUCAACCUAAAACCUCACACGCAAGCUCACUUUUCACCACCGUCAAACGCCGGCCCACCUCCGACGGCGGCUGCUUUUACCGGUGAACCGUUUUCAUACCUAAGCGAAAUCCCAGAGUUUCUUCUUCCGUUAUCCCGAAUAUGUCCUCUCGAAGCUUCCUAUGGAGUCUAGCUAAAAGGUAUUUCACCGCCGGUCUGAUUGGCCUCACAAUUUCCGAUCGGUACGCAAGCUUCAUGGCCGUUCGCGGCUCAUCAAUGUCUCCCACUCUGAAUCCCCAUGCCGGAGACUCGACGGGAUUCGUGCUCGAUGACUAUGUAUUGGUUGAGAAAUUAUGCCUUGAGAAGUACAAGUUCUCCAGGGGCGACGUCGUAGUUUUUCGAUCCCCAAUUAAUUAUAAGGAGAAAAACGUGAAGAGAAUUGCUGCCUUACCCGGUGAUUGGAUCUAUCUCUCCUCACAAGACACUGUUAGGGUUCCGGAAGGGCAUUGUUGGGUCGUGGGAGACAAUGCAGCUUCUAGCUUGGACUCGAGAUCACAUGGUCCGAUCCCUUUGGGCCUGAUAUGCGGACGAGUCACCCACAUCGUAUGGCCGCCUCAAAGGUUCGGUGGAGUAAAUAGUAAAAUCAGCAUAUUGCCUGAAUUGCAAGUUCAUGCUUCAGAAGAACACACACAUUGAUUUUAUUUUUUUUCAUGGUUGGCUGAAAAAGUUCUAAAUGCUGCAGGCUGCAGCUGGGCACAAUUGUGAAUUCCCUUCUUGAAAUUUUCAUUUUCUUUUUUUCUCGAUUUAUUUUAUAUUAUUUGUCAUAUUCUUUUUUAAUGUUAAAAAGUUUUGAUUUUUGACACUAAGAUUCUUGAUGAUUGUUGCUGUGAGAUGGAUGUGUUAUUUCAUAUAUUAUUUCCAUUUAUAGCCAUAAAUUGAGAAAGUUAUAUAUAUUGUCAAACACGUGCAUUAGUUAUUUACAAAGCAC